AUGGCCACAGAGAGCAGCGCACUGGAUUUGAACUACAAGGAUCAUUGCUUGAUCAUCGUAGGAGAUGGUGGCAAAGCCGACGAGAUACUGGCUCGUAGGCGCUUAGAAGCUGGAGGGCGCUUGGCUCACAUCCUCCUCUUGAGUGAGGACCAGGUGGAGGUUGUUGGAGAGGAGCCAGAGGUCAUCUUCGCUUGGCAGCCGCCCAGAGGGGCACACUCGAAGUUUGGUAGGAAGCUAGGACCCCAGAUGGAGACCUUGCAAACGAAGACAGGCCCCGACUGUAUUGAGCUGGAGCCCCAGCAGGUUCUACAGAUCUCCACGCAGAAGGGUCGCAUGAGCCUGGUGCGUUUAGUUGACAACGAGCGGGUCUUGAUGGAGAUGUCUGGGCAGGUCAUCUUGAAUCCUGACGAAGAGCUGUCCAAGAGCUUGGACGUUGAAGUCGAGGAUCCGGAUCUGAAGGCUUUUGGGACCUAUUCAAGACGACGCGUGCUCCAGUUCUUGGCAGUGAUUUUCCUUUGGAAAACGCUUCAGUUCUGGAUCGACAUAGGUUUUGAAGCACAGGCAGGGGGAGAACUUCCAUGGUGGCGAGGUGUGCUCAUGUUGGUGAAUGGCCUUGUUUUCUGCGUUCCAGGCGUUUGGAAAAUGUGUGCGGCAAGCUUGUCUGGUGAAAAAGACCUAACCCUUGCGCACAAGAUCAUCUCCUGCAUUUGCCUGGUGCCGACCACUAUGGGUCUGGCAGUAGCAGCACAUGUGGCCCAAUUGCCAGCAACGAUAUUGAUUGCCUCUGUCAUCUUUAUAAGUGGCCCACCUCUACAAUACUACCAGACCUGGAGCAAAUACCCAGAGCGCCGAUUUCAUUCCUGCCUGCUUUGGGCUCUAGCAAACUUCACCUCAACCGUUGGGGGAGCAACUUUUCUAUGCGCGAUUGUGGUGGCUUACAGGUUGCUACUGGAUUCCGGCCGAUCCGUUGUAGCAUCCUUCUUCUUGCCAUUGUCAUCUGCGUGGGUUGAAAACCUCAUGGUGGUCUACGCCAGGUUCGUGUACAUGAAGUUGGUCGUCGAACAACGGCCGGCUGUCCCGGGAGAUGUGUCUUAUGUAGCGGUACCCUACAUGCUGGCCGCCUCUCAUGGAUUGUCAGAGGGAGCUCGCCUCAUGGGAAUUAUUGGAGGUGCUAUCAGUUCGGGCGGGUACUCCUGGCUGGGCAGCUUGGGAUUUGCUCUGCUUCUCAAUAUUAUGGCACGGACAGGAUGGUCGCGACUUGCUUGCUUCUAUGCGCUCAAGGGAACCAUUGGGGUUCCUUGUGCGCUGGCCUGUGCGCCAACAGCCUUCAGCAAACUACAUGAUGAGACCAAGGUCUACGUAGGGUACUUUCGAUUUACUAUCAUCUUCGCAAUCAUUUUCGCCAGGGCAAUUGCAUACCAAGAUCUAACUUUCUUUGGCUCUCGGUCGGCAUUCUUCAACCAAUCUGUCGCCCUGGCAUUGCUGUGCAUGUUGAUCAUGGAAUUGCUGGAAGACUACAUAGUAAUCCAUCAGAUCGUACCCACGAGUCCUAUUGUGGCUGAAUUUCUCGACCAUGACCUGCAGAAGAAGACUAGGCACACAAGCAUGCUGAGUGCUGAAGUUCGCAGGAUGCCCUCGGGCCCUACAGAAAGAUGGCGCUUAGAUGAGUUGGAUGAGGAUGGCUUCAGGGUCAGUAGACUGGGUGCCAGGAACUUCUCUCCCAGCGAGGGGCAAGCUUCUCUCAAGAUGUCUUCCAUUUUGCCUUUGCCUCUUGAAGACAAACCAGGUACCUCGAAGGUUGAAGCUCCAGAUAUGAAUCAUCCAGCUCACCCUCAACGCGAACCCAGGCUCUUAGAAGCUCAAGAGAGACCCAAUAUCUUUGGUCAACCAUCAGUUCUCAAUCUGCAACAGAAGGGGUGCUUGGAGCGAGGAGUGCAUCAACUUCCUUCUCUGGGGAGGCGGCGACAUUCACUCCCUUGGCGAAUGCGUCGUUGGUUCGGGCAGGAAAGAGUUGUGGCAAGCUCGCUCUUACUACAUGGCUUGCGAGAGAUGCCUUGGGAUUGUCAGUUAGGUGUUGUUGGCAUCAUGGCAGAAACGACUUGCGGAUUUCUUGACAUGGCCCUAGGGCCUGGAUAUAUCCGCGGUGUGGUCCCCGAGCUAUGCAAGAGCGUGUCUCUUGAGGGACUUUUUCUAUGGAAGUCGCCGCUGACUUGCUGA